UUCGACGAGAAGGGCCCGGCGAGUCCAGAGGUGGUGCGCUCAGGUUCGGCGGCGACCAAAGGCCAAGGCGGAAGUGGGACAGCCACCCCGGGAAACGGGGGCGAGGGAUUGACGGACGCGGGACACCGAAGAGGGGCCCAGGACUGAGGAAGGGCGCGAGUGACAGUCCCAGAGUGAAGAGAUAGGGCAAGGCCAGGCGCAGGGGUCGGUGGUCUGGGCAUCCAGGCUGGAAAAUGCACAAGAGGAAGGGACCCCCGGGGCCCCCAGGCCGAGGCGCCGCUGCCGCCCGCCAGCUUGGGCUGCUGGUUGACCUCUCCCCAGAUGGCCUGAUGAUCCCCAACGAUGGAGUUAACGAUGAGGAACUGGAGGCCGAGUUCUUUGCCUUGGUGGGUGGCCAGCCUGCAGCCCUGGAGAAGCUCAAAGGCAAAGGUCCGCUCCCCAUGGAGGCCAUAGAGAAGAUGGCCAGGUUGUGCAUGCAGGACCCGGAGGAGGAGGAAGAGGAAGGGACAGACGAGGAUGAUGUGGAGGCUGACGAUGACCUGCUGGCGGAGCUAAAUGAGGUCCUCGGAGAGGAGCAGAAGGCUUUGGAGCCCCCACCACCCGUGGCCCAGCCGAAGCCCUCAGCGCCCCGCCCUGGCUUGGAGGCCACUUUGCAGGAGAGGCUGACCCUCUACCAGCUAGCAAUGGAAAGCGCCCGGCAGGCUGGGGACAGUGCCAAGAUGCGGCGCUACGACCGGGGCCUGAAGACACUGGAAAACCUGCUGGCCUCCGUGCAGAAGGGCAACGCCAUCGAUGAGGAGGAUAUCCCGCCACCUGUGGCUGUGGGGAAGGCCCCAGUGACUAGCCACAACCUCUCACCCCCCAAGCCUGGCCCUGCCAACCCGCCAACCCUGGAGCCUAGGACUGCCCUGGAGGGCCCUCUGCCUACCACUCCUAAUUUGUCCCCGGGCUCUACUCAGCCCCAGCUGGCUCCAGGUCCCUGCGGCUCUGGCCCCCUGGCCCAGUUACAGAGCCUCCAGCGGGAGUACAAGCUGGCUGCCCUCCACGCCAAGCAGCAGGGAGACACUGCAGCUGCCACCAGACACUUCCGCAUGGCCAAGAGCUUUGAUGCUGUGCUGGAGGCCCUGAGCCGUGGGGAGCCUGUGGACCUGUCCCACCUGCCCCCUCCACCUGACCAGCUGUCCCUAGAGCCACCAUCCCAGACACCACAGGCUCCAGCUCCCGCUACGGCCCUCGCCACGCCAGAGGUUCCCCCAGCCCCGCGGACCCUCCUGGAGGCGCUGGAGCAGCGGAUGGAGAGGUACCAGGCCGCUGCAGCCCAGGCCAAAGCCAAGGGUGACCAGCGGAAGGCGCGGAUGCACGAGCGUAUUGUCAAGCAAUACCAAGAUGCCAUUCGGGCCCACAAAGCCGGCCGAGCAGUGGAUGUGGUGGAGCUGCCCGUGCCCCCAGGCUUUCCCCCGAUACAGGGCCUGGAGGCCCCCGAGGCCGCCCAGCAGAGCCUGGUGGGAGUCCUGGAGACCGCCAUGAAGCUGGCCAACCAGGAUGAAGAGGCAGAGGACGACGAGGAUGAGGCACCUAAGAAGCAGCUCAACAGCACUGCGGCUCCCACAGCCCAGCCCAAGGUCCCGCCCUCAAGGACCCCCCAGCCUGGGGCUGCCAAAGCAGCCCCCAAGGGCACGUCCACCAGAGCCCAGCAGCAGCUGGCCUUCCUGGAGGGCCGUAAGAAGCAGCUGCUGCAGGCCGCGCUGCACGCCAAGCAGAAGAACGACAUGGAGGGUGCCAAGAUGCACCUGCGCCAGGCCAAGGGGCUAGAGCCCAUGCUGGAGGCCUCUCGCAACGGGCUGCCUGUGGACAUCGCCAAGGUGCCGCCCGCCCCUGUAAACAAGGACGACUUUGCGCUGGUCCAGCGGCCCGGCCCAGGUCUGUCACAGGAGGCCGCCCGGCGCUAUGGUGAGCUCACCAAGCUGAUCAGGCAGCAGCACGAGAUGUGUCUGAACCACUCGAACCAGUUCACACACCUGGGCAACAUCGCAGAGACCAGCAAGUUCGAGAAGCUGGCCGAGGACUGCAGGCGCAGUAUGGACACCCUGAAGCAGGCCUUUGCCCGCGGUCUGCCCACCCCUAUUGCCCGCUUUGAGCAGAGAACAUUCAGCAUCAUCAAGAUCUUCCCGGACCUCAGCAGCAACGACAUGCUCCUGUUCAUCCUGAAGGGCAUCAACCUGCCCACGCCCCCCGGACUGUCCCCUGGUGACCUGGACGUCUUUGUGCGCUUCGACUUCCCCUACCCCAAUGUGGAGGAAGCUCAGAAAGACAAGACCAGCGUGAUCAAGAACACCGACUCCCCUGAGUUCAAGGAGCAGUUCAAACUCUGCAUCAACCGCAGCCACCGCGGCUUCCGCAGGGCCCUGCAGACCAAGGGCAUCAAGUUUGAAGUGGUCCACAAGGGGGGGCUGUUCAAGACUGACCGGGUGCUGGGGACGGCGCAGCUGAAGCUGGACGCGCUGGAGACAGCAUGCGAGGUCCGCGAGAUCCUGGAGGUCCUGGACGGCCGCCGGCCCACAGGGGGGCGGCUGGAGGUGAUGGUGAGGAUCCGGGAGCCGCUGACAGCCCAGCAGCUCGAGACCACCACGGAGAGGUGGCUGGUCAUAGACCCCCCGCCUGCAGCCGCGCCCACACAGGUUGCUGCGCCCAAAGGGAAGGCGCCUCUCCUGCCUGCCCCUUCCAGGGAGCCAGGGAACAGGUCAGCCCGGCCCCUGCACAGCCUCAGUGUGCUGGCCUUCGACCAGGAGCGGCUGGAACGGAAGAUCCUGGCCCUAAGGCAGGCGCGGCGGCCGGUGCCCGCGGAGGUGGCCCAGCAGUACCAAGACAUCGUGCAGCGCAGCCAGUGGCAGAGGGCGCAGCUAGAGCAGGGAGGAGCUGGCAUCCGGAGGGAGUACAUGGCCCAGCUGGAGCGGCAGCUGCAGUUCUACACAGAGGCCGCCCGGCGCCUGGGCAAUGAUGGCAGCAGGGAGGCUGCGAAGGAGGCACUGUACCGGCGGAACCUGGUUGAGAGCGAGCUGCAGCGGCUCCGAAGGUGAGGGCCUGGCGGGGCGGGCGGCCCGGAUGAGAGGAGGAGCUCACAGGCCACCAACCCAAGACACGUGGACAAUCAGCGGACAAUCGGUUCUGGACUCAUCCUCUCCAGGCCCCCAGCCCAGCCAGGCCUCCCUGGCAGGGCCCCAGGGACUCCACCCUCAUGCCAGAGUCCUGUUUGCACAUCCCUGGGUGCCCACCUUGCUGCCCCAGAGCAGGAGGGCGGCGGGGACCAAGCCCCAAGGGCCUCUGCAAGCACUUUACUCCUGUCCCUCCCUGGCCUUAACCCUACAGCCCUCCAUACCCCAAAGAAGCCACCGAGGCUGGCGCCUGGGGCUGCACAGGCCUGGACACAGAAUAAAUAGCCAGGCCACACCCA